AUGAAUGAUCUUUUUGACGAUGUACAAGAGGUUGAUAUCCCACCAGAUCUACAAUUAAAGCUGGGUAUAUCCAAUAUUGAUGCGACGGGGAAGCAGCAAGGGAAGCAGACUUUAGAAGUUGGCUGUGCGUCCUCAAGUGCAUCAUCAUCUGACUCACUAAACAUGUUAUUGGAAAGACAACGUCAACGACAAUUGAACCAUCCGUUGCACCAAAAUCUCAUUUCUGCACCCACACGAUUGUUUCAGCCUAAAGUCAAGGAGACAAAUAAGAUUUUUUUGGAGUACGAUCCUAUAUCAAAACGAAAAGUUUUAAACACAUACGAGAUUAUCAAAGAACUUGGUCACGGCCAACAUGGAAAGGUCAAAUUGGCAAAAGACCUUGUUACCCAACAGCUUGUAGCUAUUAAGAUCGUCGACAGACACGGAAAGAAGAGCAGUCGUUUCCAAUUUAAGAAGAAUAAUUCGGAAGACGACAAGAUAAAACGUGAAAUUGCAAUCAUGAAGAAGUGUCAUCACGAGCAUGUUGUGAAGUUGAUUGAGGUCCUUGAUGAUUCGGCUUCUAGAAAGAUUUAUCUUGUAUUGGAAUAUUGCUCCAAGGGAGAAGUUAAAUGGUGUCCCGGGGACCAGUUGGAAACUGAAGCGAGAGGUCCUCCUCUCCUAACAUUCCAAAGGGCUAGAGAAAUUCUCAGAGGGGUCGUUUCAGGUCUCGAAUAUUUGCAUUAUCAGGGAAUCAUACAUCGGGACAUUAAGCCCGCAAACUUGUUAAUUUCCGGAGAUGGUGUAGUUAAGAUAUCAGAUUUUGGCGUAUCAUUUGCCGCCAGCAAUACUCUUGAUAGUAAUGAUUCAAUUGAUGAGUUGGAAUUGGCAAAGACUGCAGGAACACCGGCAUUUUUCGCUCCUGAGAUAUGUUUGGGUCAUGACGCGAUGGAAAAGUUCAAUUUAGAUAAGGACAAGACGGCUAAAGGUCCGCUAAUCUCAUUUAUGAUUGAUAUCUGGGCCCUCGGUGUCACUUUGCAUUGUCUACUUUUUGGUAUGCUUCCUUUCAUUUCCGAAUUUGAGCUGGAACUUUUCAAUAAAAUCAUCAACAAUCCUCUCAAGUUUGCAAAGUUUACGGAAAUGGAUCACAACGGAAUUUCAAAAAUAUCCUGCGAGGAGGAAUAUGAACAAGCAAAGGACCUCCUAGAGAAGCUACUGAUUAAAAACCCAUUCGAGAGGAUCACACUAGCUGAAAUUAAGCGGCAUCCUUUUGUUUGCUGGGAUUUUGAUCGUAUGAAUGAUAAAGACGACCAAGCUCUCGCUUCAAAGUACGCAGAAAAGGCUAAAUUUGAAAGAAAUCAAGGGCAAGAUUACCAGCAGAUUUCUAUCUCCACGCAUGAGUUGGAAAAUGCGGUAUGUGGCAUUGGGAACAAACUGAAAAAAUCAGUAGUAAACUCAAUCGCUGCGGAUAAAAAUCGCAACGGAACUUCCCUCUAUCCGAAUAGUAGUUUGACUCGUGAUGAGAAGUAUUCAGAUAAUCUCGAUAACAGCUAUAUCGACAAGAAUAGCGUUGUGCAUCGUUUCAAUGAUUUCAAGCUCGAAGAUAUCCAAAAUGGUGCUGAUAGUAAUAGCAAUUUGAUUCUCAGCGAAGGACCUAUCAUAGAUUCUAAAUUUAACGCGACAAGUCCGCCUGAGAAAACAAGAGAGCUGAGUGCUAAAGAAAUCUUUCAGCAAGAGCUGGAGAAGUUCGACAAAAAGAGAGAUCCUAACUCGAUUGUAUCUUUACCUGUCAAUUCCUCUUUUGCUUCUUUGGAUAGUUUUUACAUUGACAAUUAUGCAAGAAGCCAGCCAAACACUGAAGGGCGACCUCUCUCGGGUUCGCCGACAGAAUACAACUAUUCCCCAACAAUUUUUGCAAGACCUCCGCCAGCCUUGUCUGGAUCCAAGUCCAUUUACGACAAGAAACCAGCUCAGAUGAAUGGAUCGGGAAAUUCAAGGAAAAGUGCAGUAAGUAUGCGCAUGACAUCGCCAUCGCAGUUAAAUUUUGACAAAUUAGCUAUAACCUCUAAUAUCAAUGAUCGUGUUCCAAGAGGUCCACAUUCACCUGUGUUUACCACUAACCGAUCCCGAAGCGGAAGUAACGAUUUUCCAGCUGCGGCGGCAAGAACCAGGUUUAAAAUGACAUCCCAGUUUCCCAAUCCCAAACAGCAUAAUGAACAAGUUCAUAAUUUUCAUGGUUCAGAAGCAACCUCGUUGAAUACCAGACCUGAUUCGAAGAAUCAGGCACGAAAGAUAACGGAAGCUCAAACGAAGAGAGGAAAUUUCUUCUCUAAUUAUAAUGGAAGUGAUGAGGAAGAUAGUCAGUCAACAGCAACAUCUGAGACGUCCAUCUCCGGAACGUCAGGUUCGAGCGAUAUGUCGUACUCAGAUGCAUACUGCUCAGAAUCCGAGUCAUUACCUUUCGAAUUCAGAGUCGAUUCAGGAAGUGGGAGCAUGGUAUCCGUUAGAGACGUUGCUAAUCUUGAGGUAAGACCCUAUUUCGCUAGACAAUCCUCCGCAGGCGGUAAAGAUGAAAGUGAUGAUAAUGGUGAUGGUGAAGAGGAAUUGGUGCUUGAUGUUGGAAAUUCUGGUCACAAUCGCCGCCAAGGUUCUAUCUCUAGCGCAUCUAGUUCUCAAAGAAGCCGUAGGGGUGUUCAGUUCAAUCGCAAUAUGUUUGGCACGCCUUCUUCUUCUCGAGCUCGGAAUAUUACCUCUGAGCUUAUGCCUUACCCUGAGGCAUCGGUCGAAAGCACAGCCACGUUAACAGCAUACAAUUAUAAACAGGCGCCGGAUUCAUCCGCUAGUUUCAACACUCUGUCUCAAGACGUUGAUGACUUUAUCCUGGACGUAGACCCUGAAUACGGUGUGGAUGUUCCCUAUGAUGUGAUGAACAAAAUACCUGAGCUCAAUGGGCAAUCCUCGAGCGUUUCUUUGGACGUUAACCCUGGACAAAGCUUCCUCGCAGUGAAUGGCAGUCCUUUCAAACUAACAUCGUCUCAAAGUCGAAAUUCACCUUUUUAUAGGAAUACUCCUGUGAUGCCAACUCAACAGACUAACGUGAAUCAAGUUGUAAAUAAAAGAUUGGGUCGAGAUAAUCCUCGUAUUACUUCAAAAGAUUUGUUGCAGAGCGUAUUGACAUCUGCAGGAUCAAGCCGGAGGUCAUCAGUCGCACCUAUUAAGAAAUCUAACAAAUCGCAAAAUGGUAACACUGAUUCAUAUGUAAACCAUUACGCUGGGAAAAAAGACACCAAAUAUGAAUCCACAACCGAACCUCGCCGAGCCAUUACUCGUAAUAGAGACUUAAAAGGAAGAUAUAGAUCAAAAUCAGUUAGUGUCGGCUUGCUAAACGAUAAUCGUCAUACGGAUAAAUCAAUUUCUUAA